GCUCAAGACGGCUUCUUCGCCGGCGCGCGCUCGAACCCGUAUGCCGAGAUGUGGACGGGGCCGAGCUUGAUGCCGUAUAAUUACUGGCCUGAGUUUGUCUGAACUACCUAAUCACCUACUACUUGUCGGAUGGUAGGUAGUACGUCGGUGCGUAUAUUGCGCGGGACGGGUGUGCGUGUGCUCGUGUUGCGUUGCACGGCUGGGCACGUCAUGUCACCAAAAUCUCAAGGCGUAUGGGUUUGUGCUUGCACUUUUUUACUGCUUUACUUUACUUUUCCACAGGAGCCACGGCGGGCUGGCUGGCGUUAUCUGGUCCCUUUACCUUACCUUACUUUUUCCCUCCAACGCCCCCCCGUUUGCGGGCUUGGAAUACGGCGUUUUGGACAUGAUGGCAUGUAUGGAUGGGAUGGGAUGCUACGGCUGAGCAGGUAUUGUCUAUUUAGUUAUUUGAGCUAUGUAUGUAUGUAGUGCGUAUGUAUAUCAUGGCAAAGCAAGAUACGUUACGAAUUCGUUCGUUCGUUUGUUCGUUUCUAAUGGUGAAGUGAAAUGUCAAGACAAGCAAGCAAGUAAAUGGUAUCAUUCUCUCUUCUUCUCUUCUUUCACUUCCUCUCGACUCUUCUGCUCCCAUUCCUUUCCACUAAUUUCCACGUCCAUAU